CUCCCCGUUCUAGGAGAGCGUGAGCUUCUCCGUCGCCAAGAUGGCGUCGGUCUGGUUCUUGGUGACCUGCCCCAUGGCGGGCCGGGGCCUGCUCGGGAGGCUCCACCACUGCUGGGAAAGGCUGGAAAGAAACCUUUUAUUCCUCCUCCCAGGCCCUCCCUCUCCUCCCUGCGGCCCAGCGUUAGCAGUAGAGGGUCCAACUGUAUUUCUUCAGCCUCCAGUCUCUAGUGAGAGUUCUGAGACCCCCAGCAUUUUUGAUAGCACCUUCUGGAUGGCAGCCCCCAAAAACAGACGCAGUAUUGAAGUCAACCGCUGCAGGAGAAGAAACCCCAGAAAUCUUAUCAAAGUUAAGGAUAAUAUAGAAGUUUGUCCCGAAUGUGACCGUCCAAAGCUGAAGCAGGUCCUUUGCGGCUAUUGUUAUGAAAAGGUGCGACAGGAGACGGUCCAGAUCAGGAUGCAGAUCGGGAGAGAAGAAGGAGGGCCAUUUAAGGCUCCCGCCGUAGAGACCGUUGUGCUUUACCAAGGGGAAGAACCUUCUGAACAAGACCAAGGCAAGAGAAUCAUCAAACAAGACAGGAAGCGUCCCUCUUGGUUUGCAAAGAAUUAAUGCCGCCGAUGCCAUCAUAGUAAUAUAAAAAUCCAGCCCCCACUGAAAGGAAAGUUUCCUGUCAGAUUUGGGGGCAUUUUUUUUUUUCAGACUUCAUUAGGUAAGGGAACUUCCCUGUCAGAAAUCCACUCACAGUCAUCCUUCUCAAUUGAUUCUGUUCUUGUGGGGUGACUGUUGAACACUAUUGACACCGUAUAUCUGGAGCCUGUUUCUGAAUAUUAAAUCCUACAUACUGAUGAGUGUGAGAAUAAAGGCAGGAAAUCUGGGGACCCGAGAGAAUGUAAAACACGUUCAGAAUGAAAUUUUCCAGGUAAAAGGAGAAUUGGCUGAUUUAAAUGGCAAGUUUUAUAUUAAAACACUUGGAACAGAGGCAGUGACAGUGAAGGAUCUUCAAAAUAAAUAAAAAUUCUGUGUUUUCUUC